AUGACUGGACGAGCUUUUGAGCGCCCGGAGCGCCACAAUGAAUACUUUAUCCCAGGAGAUGGGAUUAGCCGAGAAGUCAUCCAAGCCGACAUUUGCAGAUACCUGGGAAAUGAUGCUCUCGUAAAACCUGGAACACAUCAAGGCCGCUCAGGCUACUUAAUACGAGCUUACCGGAAUCUCACAUCAGAAAUGAUUGCCGACCUAAAAGCCGAUUCUGCUCGAUGGGAACAAGAAGUGGAACGACGGGCCAAUAUGGGUUAUUCCAGAGGGAGCUAUGUUUCGCCAACCCACGAGCUCCGUUCACAGGCCGGCCCAUCACCACCAUCGUAUGCCGCCGCACCAGCUCCCUACGUUGAUCCAUACGCACAACAAUCGCAAUAUGGCGCCCCCCAAGGUCAGACAUACACCACACCGUCAUAUUCUACCUCCCAGUCUCCUGGAUAUAACCAGAACCCUUAUGCUUCACCUCCACAACAAAAUCCUUAUUCAGGCCCAGGUCAAGGUCAACCUCCUAUCUCGGCACCAGAUGUCCAUCAGCCUUCCUACACCUACAGUAGUAAUCCCAGCUAUGGAUAUGAACGAGGAAAUGCCGCACCUCGGUAUCCAGGAGCUGGUUAUGAUAAUGAGCCUGAGUACUCUCCUGUCACAUCGGGUAUGGGCUACCCUGCUGCCACUGCACCUUCGGAUGCCCGUUUAGGAAUGGAUCCCAGAUACACUCCAGAGGCUGCGUAUGACCACAGGACAGGAGCCGGUCGGCCACAGCAAAACAGGGAUCCUCAUCGGAGACCCCGUUAG